AUGGAUCAUGACAUUUGGUUCAUUGUUGAUGGCGCCACCUUCGUAGCCAGAUCCUUGACCUUGGAGGGCUCAGACGUGGCUGUCGCCAAGCCCGAGCUGUGUACCAUCUAUGUGUCGGAUGGCCUCUCGCAUGCGCGGCCGUAUGCAGCUUGCAUUGCGAUGCUGACCGACCAGGGAUGGUCAGCCUUCUCAGAACUCUCCAGGUCUGUGUCCAUUGCGCCCUCCGCCAAAGUCAGCGAUGCGGUGCUGGGAUUGGACCCAGAGGAUGAUGAUUGGAAGCAACGCCCACGGUUUGCAUGCCCACGAAAGAUGGUGCCUGGUGCCUCCGUACCUGUCACGCUCCGUCCUGGGCCUCGCGACUUGCUGAGUAACGAACGAUGGCUCCGCAUGGACGUGUGCGUAGAAGGCCAUGAUGGAUUGGUUUUGGUGCCCGCGGACUCAUCCAUGAGACUCCUGCAAGUUGAGAAGAUCAUCCCUGGCUCCUCUGCGGAUCUGUGGAAUCAGAAGCAGGAGACCUUUGAGUUGCACGGCUAUCAGACGAGCUUCUCCGUACAACCGGGCGACGUCAUCAACAAGAUCAACGGCUUCUCUGGAGCUCAGGCUAUGCUGUAUGAGGUGCGUCGAAAGCCUCAGAAGCUCAUCAUGACCAUAGACCGUCAUUGCGGUGGCAACACCACCUUUGAGGACAUCCCCGAGGCAAAGAUCUUCGAGCUCGAUCGCUUGGACAUCGAUGCCUCAAGAGAUGUGGAGGAAUUUGACUGGCACGUCCUCAUGAGUCAAGCCGAGGGAGCACUUUGUGCCAAAAUGGUGGAAGAGGAUGGUCGUCAGCUGCAGAAAGCGCUAGACAUCUUCUCUGAGAUGCUGGCUGAGCACACCAUUGUCAUGGUCAACCAAGGCAUUGUUCAGGAAGCUGAUCGGCGGAUUCUGCUGGAUGACCGCGUGGAAGCGGUGCUAAAGCAGCACGUCUCGGAAGAGACGGCGAUGGACAUCUCGCUCUCAGUGGAGCCUGUUCGAAGGAGGAACUCCAUGGAAGAGGAGAUGCCCACAACCAGCGAUGAGAUCAGCUUGAUCCACCUGCGGAAGGCCAUGGCCGACGCUGCCAUGGAUGAAGACCAACUCGAAUUGGCGAUCAUGAGCUUUGUGAACUCCUCAAAGGUCGUCCGUCAGUCCUUCGCCGGCCGCGAACUGCUUGAGAAGGCCAAAGGCCUCCAGGAGCUUUGGCGAUGGUGGAGGGCCUCCGCAGACGCGCAGGAUGAGCUCGGUGUGGUUCUAGACUACAUGCUGAAGAAGGAGGCAGAUUAUCAAGACGAUGACGGAGAGUUCCAUGACUUUGAUAUCCAGGAUCCGCCCUACGAUUUGGGGCCUCUGAAGCUUCAGCUGGAGGUCUGCGAGAAAUUCAAGACAGAGAUGGGCACUCUGCUCCAUGAGGGGCAUGUG